AUCCUCCUCUUCCAUUUAACGCAAAGCGCGCACCAAAUCGUACCUAUCCAUUUCCCAAAUCGCUAAUCUCCCUCCCCGAGCCGGCCAAAUCGAAUCGAAUCGCGGGGAGCGAGUGCGCGCACCGAUCGCCGGCGAUGGCCAGCCUCACCCUGCCGCCGGCGCCCCCCAACCCGCGCCAGGACGCCAUCGACCUCCACAAGGCCUUCAAAGGUUUUGGCUGUGACAGUACAGCUGUGAUAAACAUACUUACUCAUCGCGAUUCAGUGCAACGUGGAUACAUUCAACAGGAAUACAGGAAUAUGUAUCAUGAGGAACUUUCCCAGCGUAUUUCAUCUGAACUCAGUGGAAACCACAAGAAAGCUAUGUUGCUGUGGAUUCUUGAUCCUGCUGGACGUGAUGCAACUGUUUUGAGAGAAGCUCUAAGUGGCGACACUAUGGAUCUAAGAGCAGCCACUGAGAUAAUAUGUUCCAGGACACCAUCUCAGUUGCAAAUAAUGAAACAAACUUAUUUGGCAAGAUUCGGUACUUAUCUUGAGCACGACAUUGGUCACCACACAUCUGGCGAUCACCAGAAGCUUUUACUUGCCUAUGUGGGGAUUCCACGCUAUGAAGGUCCUGAGGUUGAUCCUACUAUAGUGACAUAUGAUGCGAAGGACUUGUACAAAGCUGGUGAGAAAAGGCUGGGAACGGAUGAAAAGACUUUCAUCCGCAUUUUCACUGAACGCAGUUGGGCACACAUAGCAUCUGUUUCUUCCGCUUACCAUCAUAUGUAUGACCGGAAAUUAGAGAAGGUUAUCAAGAGUGAAACAUCUGGAAACUUUGCAUUUGCACUUUUAACUAUCCUCAGAUGCGCAGAGAGUCCGGCAAAGUAUUUUGCUAAGCUCCUACGAAAGUCCAUGAAAGGUCUAGGCACUGAUGACAAAACCCUUAUAAGGGUUGUAGUGACAAGGACUGAGAUUGAUAUGCAAUAUAUCAAGGCAGAGUACUUCAAGAAGUAUAAGAAGCCGUUAGCUGAGGCUAUCAACUCUGAAACAUCAGGAAACUAUCGGACGUUCCUCCUCUCGCUUGUCGGUCAGGGCCACUAGGCUUUGUUUCGACCAUGGGACAUGAUAUUGCAUCGAUCCACCCUAAAUGCAGCGACCUACCUGGAAAACGUACAAUGUCGCCAUUUAUCUGUUGUGACUUGUGAACCUGUCUAACUGCCACAUAUGCGAUCCUAGUAUGCUUGUGUAAACCAUUCGUGUAUAUAUGCGGAUCUGGGGUUUAUGUUGGAGAAUUCUGGACGGGGCACUAGGGCUGUUGCUGGUUGCAGUGGGCUUGUCGUGUCUCCAUAACACCAAUAAUAUGAUGUCAUGUUCGUGUGUGCUCACUCCA